AUGUCUACAGCUUCCCUCAUGAGACUGCGCGCCACACGGCUAACUAGCCCUCGUCUGCGCUCCCUUCCGGGGAUUGUGCAGACCCGUUCUAAGGCUACCAUGCCCUUCCGUCUUCCUGAUGCCAGAAACGAGCCAAACCUUGAAUAUAGGAAAGGGUCCCCAGAGCGCACAAAGGUCGAAGAAGCGUUGAAGAAGCUUCGUUCUCAGAUGCCCGUGCGGAGUGAGCUCUUCUACGACGGAAAAUUCCAAGCAAGCUCCCAGUCCUGGGAUCAGCCAUUACCCGCCGAGCACGGAACCACUUUCACAAACUAUCCCCUCGCUACCAAGGAACAAACGAACGAAGCUAUCAACGCCGCCCUGGAGGCCAAGCAGAGCUGGCAGGAUACGCCAUUUGUUGACCGUGCCUCGAUCUUUCUCAAGGCUGCUGAGUUGGUGUGCACUAAGUACCGAUAUGAGCUUAUCGCGGCGACUAUGCUUGGCCAGGGCAAGAAUAUCUGGCAGGGAGAAAUUGAUGCCGCUGCUGAAUUGGCGGACUUCUUCCGCUUGAACUGCAACUGGGCCGGUGAGAUUUUGGAGAAGCAGCCUACCCGUGGCAGUGACGGCAUGUGGAGUCGUGUGGAGUACCGUCCCCUGGAGGGCUUCGUCUACGCCGUCUCCCCCUUCAACUUCACAGCCAUCGGUGGAAACCUGAUCUGCGGACCCGCAAUAAUGGGUAACGUCGUUCUGUGGAAGCCCUCGCCAUCCAAUGUCUACGCCAGCUUUUUGGUCUACAAAAUUCUUCUGGAAGCCGGUCUUCCACCCAACGUUAUCCAGUUCGUGACUGGAGACCCGGAGGCUAUCACCGACACUGUGCUUGCGCACCGUGAUUUCGCCGGUCUGAAUUUCAUUGGCUCCUCGAAUGUCUUCCGCUCUCUGUUCGGCCGGAUCGGACAGGGUGUUGCCCAGAAGUCCUACCGCGAGUUCCCUCGCAUGGUGGCCGAGACCAGUGGAAAGAACUUCCACCUUGUUCACCCCUCGGCCGAUAUCCCCAGUGCCGUUAACCACACCAUCCGUGGCUCCUUCGAGUAUCAAGGCCAGAAGUGCUCUGCCACAUCUCGUGUCUACCUGCCAGAGUCUCGGGCUGAGGAGUUCCUCACUGCUCUGAAGGCUGGUGUGAAGGAAAUCACUAUUGGAAACCCCGACAAGGACUUGUCUGCCUUUAUGGGUCCUGUGAUCCACCGUGCCUCCUUCGAGAAGAUCAAGGGUAUUAUUGAUGCCAGCAAUAAGGACCCCUCGCUGAAGCUGAUUGCCGGUGGUACCUAUGAUGGUUCCGUGGGCUACUACAUUCACCCCACUGUAUACCAGGCCGAUUCCCCAGACCACCGUCUCUUUAACGAGGAGAUUUUCGGUCCUGUCCUCACUGUCUACGUCUACAAGGACGCCGAGUGGGCCCAGACCCUGAAGGAUGUUGACCGCAACGGAGGUGGUCUCGCCUUGACCGGUGCUGUCUUUGCCAAGGACCGGAUUGCCAUCCGCCAGGCCGAAGAUGCUCUCCGCUACUCUGCUGGAAAUUUCUAUAUCAACUGCAAAACCACUGCUGCGCUUAUUGGCCAGCAAUCCUUCGGUGGUGCACGCGCCAGUGGAACUAACGACAAGGCUGGUAGCGCUGAUCCUCUUCGCCGUUUCGUCAGCCCACGUUUGAUCAAGGAGGAGUUCUUCCCUCAGGAGGGAUUCACUUACCCCAGCAACCACUGA